UCUCACACAUCCGAAAGAAAGAAAACCAUUAGCUCCGUUAAACAAUAAAAACCACUUCGAAUAAUUACCUAAAAUAAGGAUGAUUGCGAGUAACAAAAACAAAUAGACUGGUAUAUAUCUGUAUGUAAUAACACAAUAAUUGUAGAAGAAAUUUCUUCCGCGUUAUGGUUUAGUGAUCUUGGAACUAGAGAGAAAUCUUAAAGGUAUUAGUGAAGUAGUUUGAUAUCGGAUAGUGUGUAAUAAUUGGUAAAAUGUCUUUGGUUAAGUGCUGUUUUGAUAGGAACGAAAUGAGUGAUAUUAUGGAGACUUUUUUGCAAAAGUGUUCGGAAUCUGGAUGUUGUUGCGGAUGUUGUAGUGCUUUUAGACCGAGGUAUAAGAGGCUGGUUGAUAAUAUAUUCCCAGUAUAUCCUCAAGAUGGACUGGUUAAGUCUAAUAUGGAAAAACUUACCUUUUAUUCCCUCAGUUCGCCUGAAAAAUUGGACAGAAUUGGGGAAUACUUGUAUCAGAGGGCCGCCAGAGAUAUUUACAGGAGAAAAUAUGGGUUUGUUGUUAUUGCAAUGGAAGCCAUGGACCAACUACUUUUGGCAUGCCAUGCACCGACGCUGAAUUUGUUUGUAGAGAGUUUUUUGAAAAUGGUUCAAAAAUUGUUGGAAUCGACAGAACCGGAGCUGCAAAUUUUAGCCACACAAUCGUUUGUAAAAUUCGCCAAUAUAGAAGAAGACACGCCAUCGUACCAUAGAAGAUAUGACUUCUUCGUUAGUAAAUUUUCAGCUAUGUGUCAUAGCGGCGAGAAAGAAGAAGUUCGAGAUAAAAUACGGACUGCUGGUAUCAAAGGAUUACAAGCUGUAGUUAGGAAAACGGUUUCUGAUGAUCUGGUUGAGAACAUUUGGGAACCUGUCCAUAUGGAUAAGAUCGUGCCUAGUCUCUUAUUUAACAUGCAGGAAUCAGGGUUCCACAAAAAAGAUACUGAAACUGUUGAUAUUGGUCCAGAAGAUACGUUGGACCCGCCAAUGUUGGCAGAAACUUGUAUGAGAGAAUUAGUAGGAAGGGCUUCAUUUGGACAUAUUAGAGCUGUACUCAGACCAGUAUUUAGGCAUUUUGAUCUACAUAAACUAUGGGUACCAAAUCAGUUCGCCAUCCACACCUUUAGAAUAAUAAUGUUUUCAAUACAGGCACAAUACUCAUAUACCGUAGUGGAAACUCUAAUGGCACAUCUUGACGAUAACACAAAAUCUAGCCCAACCAUUCGGACUAAUAUCGCUGGAGUUUUAUCCAAAAUUAUUGCUAUAGCAGCUGGUGAAAGUGUGGGUCCGUCAGUUCUAGAAAUAAUAAAUUCUUUACUGAGUCACCUCAGGGAUUCUGUUAAAAACGAAGCUAGCCAAACUGAAGAAAAGCAAUACCAAGAAGCAUUAAUAAACGCCUUAGGAGAAUUCGCAAAUCAUCUUCCAGAUUACCAGAAAAUUGAAAUCAUGAUGUUCAUCAUGAGCAAGAUUCCAUUCCCGUUAGUAGACAAUCAAACACCGGCUGAUAAUUUGUUACAGAGUAUAUUAUUGAAAAGUUUACUAAAAGUGGGUACAAAAUAUCAGACAAUUCAUCUAAAUACAACGUUUCCAGUUUCAUUUUUGGAGCCUUUGUUACGAAUGUCGUUAGCACCAGAUCCGGAUAUGAGGCUGCUGGUACAAAAGAUCUUCCAUACUCUUAUUGAUAGACAUCACAAUCUCGAUAAGCUCUCUAAACCCACGGUAAAUGUCUCGGAUUUGGAGUUGGUAUUAGAAAAAUCCUCUAGACCAGAUUUGAUAUUCAUCAAUAAACACGGACCUAUAAUAUAUGACGCUCUCUACACUAGCCUACAGAUGGAAACCAAUAGUCCUGAAAAUAUAGAAGCAGUGUAUACAACUUUAGCUCUACUUUGUGUCGAAUUGGCGAGUACAGAAACCGUUAUCGACUUAUUACAAUUGACGAUCGGCAUCCAAAGCCUUGCUGUCAAUAGCACAUCUUUAUCGAAUGCUCAAAAAUUCAACCUCCACGCAAUAGUAAUCAGUAUGUUGGCGCUGAUACCGACGGUAGUUAGUAUACCAGCUCUGGCAGAUUACGCGUCGCAGAUUGUGGAACAGAGAAGACAAGAUGCGCCACAUUUACUCCCUGACUUAUACUCACAUUAUUCGUCAAAUAGCGAAGUGGCUAAUAAAGUUCCCCAUUUAUUGGUUGAUCAGAUGGCGGUUUGUGAAUUCGUUAAAUCCAGUGGAAUAGAUCCCUCGAGACUCCAACAGACAUCGCCAUAUGGAGCCGGAGGCCCAGGACUCAUUGCUGGUUCCCAAAGAAAUAGCUGGAUUGAAAAUGGUGCUAGAGGUAGUAUUGUAGAUAUGGCUGUUACCGAAGUAGAUAGUGCGGCUAGUUCUCCUGGUGUACAAAAGAAACAUACCGAAGAAGACUUAAACUUCGAAAGCAUGAAAAAGGUGUUGGCAGAACCGCCGGAAGUUAGAAAAGAAGCAGAAGCCGAAAGACGAAAAGCCUUAAGCCAUACGUUUAGAACUGCUACGUUCUCGGAAUUGGUCCGAAGGACUCAGCCAAAGCAUGAUGUUUUACAGAGUAAACUAAGUGAAAUCUUCAAAUCACUGACUACGAACGAAAACCGAAGUCCCACAGAGGAAAAAAGAAAAGACGUCCCCCACUACGAGCAGAACUUCCCCGAGCUCUUCUAUUAUUAAGUAGUCGUUUUGGAGAUGGGUCUACAGGAUUCUCAGGUGAUAUGGUAUUAAAGGACUCAAGAACCGCUUCUAUUCUUUAUAGAAUUUUGGCUUUUUAUUGUAUUGUGAGAAGUGGAUUAUUUGGGUCGAAAAUUUUCAAAGUGACGUCUAAAAGAAGUGGAAGAUAAACGUAAUAUUAUGCCUAUGUGGUUUUUGAUGUUAAAACGCUUCUCAUGCUUUGGGAUUUCCUACUCAAAACUCACACUGUGUAGAAAAAAUCGAUAUUAAUCUUUAUUCCUUUUAUCUACGUCAUGGAAGGCUCUAACAGAAAGCCAAGCUUUAAGCUGUAUGUGAAGCUUGUCUUAAAAUUUGAUCAUUUCGAAAUAAACUAGCUAGUCCAGCGCUUCAAUAUUUUGGCUAGCGCUACUAAUAAUUGAUCUGCAUAGUUUCAACAAUAUAUUUUGAAUUUAUAUUUGCAGAAAUAUAUUUUAAGUUUUAUUUAAAACAAAUCUUAUACUUUAAGACCGUUUUACAUAAAUAUUAAAACUUUUGGGAACUCUUUCUGGCUAGUUCUUUGUGUAUUUGUACUUAUUAUCAAUAAUAUCAAGAUUAUAGAUUAUCAUAACUUAAAUAAUUUUGACAUUUCGUAUUCUUUAGUUACUUUUAUCAACUAGGAAUAAUAAUAUUAAGAUUUUGGAUUACAAGACUUUGGUAUUAAGGUGAGUAAUCUAUGGGGCGGUGAAUGACAAUGGAGUGUGGAAAAAACGAUACUUUAUAGAAUAUACCAAGAACCAGGUAUCGUAAAAUACAUUAAAAUAGAAUGUCUGAGAUGGGUAGGGCAUAUAAUGCGGAUGUAACAAACUGAACUAGCUAAAGAACGCUCUUUGAUAUACCCAUUGGUCAGAGAAGAAGAGGAAAGACAUGAUAAAUAUGGAAAUACCUACGUGCUUGACGGAGGAAGGCAAUAGAUAGGUACCUACGGCUGAAGAGAAAUUCUUGAGUAGGCUAGAUACCACGCAGGGUUUUAAAGUGAGAAUGAUGAUGAUAAAGAUGAUACUUUGGAUUGGACUGAUGUAAAUUUGGACUCAGCAAAACCCAAAAAUAUUGAAAAUGUUAUUUGCUCUAGUCAAUUUUCAAAAAUAUUAUUGCAACCGUGUUUUGAGUUCUAAUAAUAACCUCAAAUUUGUGGUUAAAGCGAAAUCUGGCCUUCAAUUCAGAGGUUAGGUUAAAUCGAGACUUUAAACGAAGGUUUUUGUAUGAUAUUUCGACAGUAGUUCAUUUGCAUUUUGUAACAUUUCAGAUUAGUACUUUGUUUACUUUUAGUCACUUCUGAUAAUAACGAGAUCAUUCGGUGUGUUUAAUUUUCAAAAAUAUCUGUGAUGCGGUGAUUUGAAUUGAUCUAAUAAGCUCAAAUAUCUUAUAGUGGCGUCAAAUUAAAUUUUUGAGGUUAGGUUAGAUCUGUUCCCCAAAAACAACCUUUAUCAAAUUGUAUUUUCACAGUAGUUCAUUUGAAACCUUUCAGAAAUGUUCAAAUUCGUUCUUUGCGAAAAAAAUUUGCACGAAAAUAGGUUCCAAUGACUUAAAAUUGUCUUAUAAUAAAGAUCUAUACAUAGUUCACAAAGGAAUAUAGAUAGUUGUUACAUUUUUGGCGUAUUACUAACAUUCAAAUUUAAGAUCACAGCCACCAUGACUUAAAUAAAAAUGGAAUAACGAAUAUAUACAGAAAUAGAUAAUGUCUUUAUAAUCCUGUCGCCAGGGGGGGGGUCCAAGGCCUCCUUUACUCAGUUGGACUUAACCAAGAUUUUUUGAUGUAUUUUGACCCGUAGAACACGAAUUUUUUUGGGUAACAGUUGAUCCGGAUGUCGACAAGAUUGUUAUAAACAAAGAACUUGAGAAAUUACACAACAGCGAUUUUUCGCAAAACAAAACAUUUUUUUGUAUUUUUUGGGGCACUUUAACCAAAAAACGUUCUUAUAAGUUUUUUCGUAUGAUGCAUAGUUUUUGAGAUAAACGUGGUUGAACUUUCAAAAAAUCGAAAAAUUGCAAUUUUUGAACCCGAGUAACUUUGAUUGAAAAAUAAAAUAGCAAUUCUGCUUACCGCAUUUGAAAGUCCAAGUCAAAUUCUAUCGGUUUUGAUUAUUUGCAUUGUUAGAAAUUAAUUUUUUAUUGUUAAACAAAGCUAUAAACACAUAGUGCUUGAGUGAUGUUUUCAAUGCAUUUUUUAUUUAAAAUCGAACAAGUGUACAGUCGGAAAAAUGAAAAAGAAUGUGUGUGUACUUGGUACGCACGUAAGAAGAUAUUCUUCUAUUAUAUAAUAGGUAAUUUAAACGAAGUAAAUAUACUUAAAAGGUUAUUUGUACUUAUUUUAUUUAAAAAUCAAACUAACUUUCUUAUCUACCACUUUCAAAAAAGAAGAAUAUCUUCAAAAAUUAUAUAAUAAUAUACUUACAAUCAUAAAAUCUAUAAAAAAAAUAAUAACUUGCUUGGGGCUUGAACCCACUUCACGUCUACCGCGCCGUACGAAAGUUGACGCCAUUUCAAACUGCACCAAACUCUCGUAUACGUCAUGUGGGAAUAUACACAAACUAAACGUUUACACCAUAAAUUUAUAUGAAUUUAAUAAAAUUAUUAGUUUGAUUUUUGUCGAAAUAAAAUACAACAAAAUAUAGAGUAAGAAAACGAUAUAUGAGAUGAAGAUUUGUAGAAAGUUUGUUCGUAAUCAGAUUAUGUAAAUUAAAGCAUUGCCUACUAAUAGGUAACUACAUUAUUUUGUUUACAUUUUCCAAAUAGAUAGGUAUUGAAACUAUUAGGUAUUUCCAACUGAAACGUUUAGAAUUACGUACCUGCGGCUUUUCAAAACUAUUUAAAAAGUCACUAUAAUUAUAAAUUUGAUUUUAUUUCUGUCCAUACAUCAAUAAAAACUAAGAUUAUACAAUAUUUUUGUUUACCGAUAACCUCCAUAUUGAACAAUUAUUGACAGAUCAUUUCAAAAUUUCAACACCCAAUCAGAGCCCGUAUAACAACUAAUACCAUACUGUCGGUGAGCGCAUGCGCGCGGAUCAAUCAAAUUUUACCCUCAAUCGAUUCGCCGCUAAAGAAGAAUAUCUUCAAUAAUACCCAUGAACGAUCACAUCAAUCACUUAUUUUGUAUUUGCUAUCUUUUUAUAUAAAUAACAAAAUUUUGUUAUAGAAAAAGACAGCAAAUACAAAGUAUGUGAUUGAUGUGAUCGUUCAUGGGUAUUCUUUCAUUUUUCCGACUGUAGGCGAGCCCACAAACAGUAAUUUCUACGUAGCAUGAGUUAAAGCGCAUGCAUUGGGCACGGGAAACACUAUUUGUUUAUAGCUUUGUUUGACAAUAAAGAAAUUAAUUUUUAGCAAUGCAAAUAAUCAAAACCGGUAUAAUUUGACUAAACUUUCAAAUGCGGUAAGCAGAAUUGCUAUCUUACUUUUUAUUCGGGUUCAAAAAUUGCAAUUUUUCGAUAUUUUGAAAGUUCAACCGCGUUUAUCUCGAAAAUUAUGCAUCCUACAAAAAAACUGUAACAACAUUUUUUGCUUAGAAUGACCCAAAAAAUGCAAAAACAUGUUUUGUUUUGCAAAAAAUCGCUGUUAUGUAAUUCCUCAAGUUCUUUAUUUGUAACAAUCUUAUCGACAUCCGGAUCAACUUUUACCCAAAAAGUUCGUGUUAUACGGGUCAAAAUACAUAAAAAAUAACUUCAAAACCUUGGGUAAGUCCAUCUGAAUAAAGGAGACCGUUGUACCCCCCUGGCGACAGGACUAAUAAGUUAAGAUCUACAAACACUAUUUAUACACAUUGUAUUGAUAUUUUUAAAUAACACACAGUAUUUAGGUGCUUGUAUGGUGGUAUUCCCCGUAAAUAAAGACUGGCAACAUUGUUUAUCCCAGUCGAUUGAGGUUUUUCUAAGAAAAACAAUAGCAUUGGUGUCUUUUGUUAAGGGAAAACGUAAUAUUUUAAAUUGAAUGCCGUAGGGUUAUUAGAUAAAUGUUUACAAUCACUAGAAUGAAAGGGGUAAUUCAAUAUUUGCUAAAAAUUUAUUUCUGUCGAUAACUUGUAAAUUUUUUGGAGGGAAAUAUAUUAAAGAGACCUUAUUUAGAGACAGAGUAAUGAAUAUUAUUUUGUUAAAAUAUCAUAUUUUUUUUAACUUUUUGCCUUUUCUAUGAGUAGGUUGAGACAUUGUACUUUUAUAUUUUGUUUUCUCUGUUGUGUUUCUGUUUCUUGUAAUUAGCUUCAUUUAUUCCGUACCUGGAAGAGUAAACAAGUGAGGACGGUAUGCUGGUGUGAAAAUAAUCCUUGUUUUAGGUUGUAUGAUACACCUCUUAGUGACAGGGAGAGAGAGACAUGGAGAAGGGUAAAACCUAUAUUGGCUUUACUGUUCUAUAAUCCAUAAAUGUUUCUUAAAAGCUAUGAUUUUAAGAUAAAAAAGGGGUAUACUGAAUUCGCUUUGCCGAGAUUCACUUUGACACAUUCGGAAUAGGAAACAUACAGCACAAAAAUUCCUACCUCACACUAUUAACUGCUCAAAUCAACUUAAUCUUUCACUAAAAAAAGAAGAAUUAUUGAAAAUAGUGGGAGUGUAUACUAAACCCAUAAAAUUAUGUGGAAUUUAUUUCUACAAAAUAUUUUUAUUUUAUACAACAAAUAAUUUUCUCAUUUGUUACCAAUACUUUAUAGUGGUGUAAAUAAAUAAUUAUUGAUUGGCGUAAGGUUUAUGUUAUUUUUGUCCGUUUGCUAUUAAUAAUGUUCCGAAUGGUUUGGGAACGAUUAACUAAAAUUAAAAUAAAUGUAAACACAACAAACUUUCAAUAAUAUAUUUAUUUUAAUCGGUAAAAAGACGUGUUUUGCUUAUAUCUCGUAAUGGUGUGUUGUUGACCUAUCCCGACGCCCGCUGGGGUGUGACUCCCGACGGGAGGAUGUGAAUCGACUGCCGUGGUUGAAAAAAACCACAAAUGCUCAUAUGUUUGUUUCUACGAUCUGGCCAGAAAGGUGAUAAAUUAUUUAGAUCUGGCGUUUAAAAGUUGAAACAUUUCUGCAGUUUUAAGAAACGUCUUCGAAUGCAUCUCCAAAGUGAGUUAUUGACAUAAGGUGUGAUAAGGUAAUUAAUUAAUGGGAAUUCAGUUUAUUAAACUGAACACACCAAAAACAUAUGGUUAGGGAUACAUUUCGUUUCGUAAAACCGUGCCCUUUUUAGCAUCUGGUUUGUAUAUUAAAUGUGAAUUUGAUAUGACCCAUAUUAUUUCGUUUUGAGAAAAGUUAUUAAAAAUUAAAAUUAGCAAAAAUAGUAAUUAAAGCGUGUCGCCACAAUAAUAUUGGCAAUGCGCAGGUAUGUUUGGUUGUGUAGUAAUUUCCAGUCAAGUCAAGCAACCUAAUUUCCCAAAAAAGAAAUUACCAACGUCACUAGACAGUUGUGUCUCGGCAGAGCGAAUUCAGUAUAUGGGUUUUUACAGUCUCUCUUAGUUUUAUAACAAUUCGAAUACUAAGUUAUUUAGCUGUGAGGUACGACUUACUAUUCAAGGUAAUCGUACCACCAACCUUGUAACUUUCACAGAAAUUUAAAACUUUUAUGGAUGGUUUUCUAACUUGUGAAUAGUUUUCUACCACGAGACUAAUUAUUUUUCGUUAUCAUUUUCUUUGUUUUAGGUAUUUCUAUUGUCUAUAUGAUAUCUUUGAUUUGUAUUAUGAUCCAUUUGCAUUGAUUUUACUUGAUUAUAAUUUUUACCCAUAUUCUCUUCAAAUCACUAAGUCUGUCAGAAAAAGCUGUUUCCAAAUCUAUAUUCUUUCCAAAAAUCCCUACUCUUCUUCAAUAAUGGCUACUUCUUAUUCACCAGAGAAAUCCGAGACUAUAAACAGAUAUGGCAGAUCCAUAUUCUUUCGAAAAUUCCCUAUUUCUGCAGACUUCGUGAAGUAGAUUAAAUAUAAUGACAUCCCAAAGAAGAGACGGGUACUUCUUGUUCUCUAUCUGAAAUCCAAGUCUUCCCGUUGUUUACUUGAGUUACUAGGUGUGAAUCCAUUCACCGGUAGUUGGUCUUCCCUGCUUGUAAUAUAUUUUUACACGGGUUUUUCAAAAAAGACAUUUUUCAAACUCAGGAGACAACUAGCUGAUUAUAGUGUUGACUUGUAUCCUCUAGUUCUUCAUCUCAGUUACUAAGUUUCCGAUUUCAUUCACGAAACUUUCAGGAAUUUUUCUUCAUUUCUGGCUUUUGAUUUAUUUUCGUUGCAAAAUUGUUUAAAACCAAAAUUUAACCCCUUUUACUAGAGAUGUUGAAAAAGUAUCUAUUCGUUACAAAGUACUCGUUACUUACGAAUACCGAAAGUAACGAUUACUAUACAGAGAAGCAAAUCGUUACUUUGAUUACUCUGAUUACUUCGUUACUUCGUACCAAUCGUAUCAGAGCGAGUAACGACUAUUGUAUCUACUUUGAUUACUUCGUACCAAUCGUAGCAGAGCGAGUAACAGCUAUUGUAUCUACAACCAGUACACUUGAUUACUUUCUACCAAUCUUAUCCCAGCGAGUAAAAAGAGAUCGGUGAAGGUCGUUGUUAUAUAAGAAUACCUAUACAAAAUACCUACCUAAUGAGAAAUACGAUUCUCGAUAUGAUUACCGGUACACAAAUACAAAAGUAAUUACAGUAAUCAAAUCAUGUUUAUCCCUUAAACAGAUCGGUGAAGGUCAUUGUAAUAUCGGAAUACCUAUACAAAAUCCCUACCUACUGAGAAAUACGAUUCUCGAUAUGAUUACCGGUACUCAAAUACAAAAGUAACAAAAGUAAUCAUAGUAAACAAAGUAACGAAUACUGUAAAUGAUUACUUUAUACAAAAGUAACGAUUUGUAACGAAUACCUACUCGAAAGUAACUAUAAUCAACAUCACUACCUUUUACUAGUAAUUUUUAUAUUAAUUGCGAUAUUCACCAUGUUUGUCAAUUAUUUAUAUUAUACAAAGUAUUAAAUUUUUGUACUAAAAUAGGUUUCUAUGUAUAUAUAUAUUUUUUAGUGUUAUUAUUUUUAUCAGUAAUGUGUAAAGGGAAAAAAAUCUGCACAAAUUUUAGUUUUCAUUGCAAGUAUAUGUGUAAAUAGCAAUUUUAUUACAAGAUGAUUUGAAGAGUGCAUGGGAAAACAAGGAAUGUCACAUUUUAUACAUAUUGAGAUAAACACCAAUAAAGGUUUAAUUCUAUGAGAUCUAAAAACUACUUAUAGCCCAGUCGGGAUAGCAUUUGACCUUGCAUUACGAGCUGCCCCCAAUUUUAUUUUUCUAAUCUUUAGGGAGGGUCAAUAUUAAUAUAAAUUUAGAAACUCGACUGAAUUCCACAGUUACAUUAGCCGCCAUCUUGAUUUUAAACGAGAACCGUUUUUGCUUAAUAUCUCCGCCAUUUUCAAUUUUUCGACAAAAAGUGUAGAAACUGAAAUUGUUGAAAAUGCGAUUUUCUAUAAUUUCAUUUAUUAUAAUUUUUUUCGUGAGGUCGAUAUUUUCCGAGUUAUGAGGGGAAAAUAGUGACAGUACCUAUACAAAAAUGAAGAGAAUUAAAUUUUGUACAAUUUUGAUAUCGUUCAUUUUUUGAUAAAAUCAAUAUUUAAGGUAGUACGUUUGCGGUAAAGGUGCGAGCGUAAGACCUGAUUGAUUUUAUAGCAAUUGUUUUUGUUCAAUAUCUCUGCCACUUUCAACUUUUCGACAAAAAGUGUAAGAACUGAAAUUGUUGCAAUUACGAUUUACUAUAAUUUUUCGAGAGAACCAGUGGCGGGUCUGCAAGGGCGUGGGAAAAUUCCCCACAACAGGGUCCAAAAUUAAAAAAAAAUUGUUGAAAUAUUAAAAUAUAUUAGCUAACAUGAAACUUAAAAUGUCGACAGAAAAAUUCAACCAAUAAAACCCGCUAGUUAAUAAAAUUAAGUGAAUUUAAUGCAUAUAAGUUAUUAUUUAUGUCUUUUAUAUACUUUUGGUUGAUGUUUCAUUGGAAGUUUCCAAAAUUAUAUAAAAUAUAAUUCUCUUUAUUUUUGUUUAUGUAUAAUUAUGUCGUAAAGUUAAUAAUAAAUGAGACAAUUCAAUAAUUAUGCUUCCCCUCCGCUUCCACUAUUUUCCCCCUUAACUCGGAGAAUAUUGAUCGCAUAAAAAAAUUGUGCAAAAGGAAUUGUAGGAAAUUGCAUUUCCAACAAUUUUCUCUCUCACCAUUUUUGUCGAAAAGUUGAAAAUGGCGGAGAUAUUAAGCAACAACAGUUCUCAUUUAAAAUCAAUAUGGCGGCUAAUACAACCGCGGAAUUCAGUCGAGAUUUUAAAUUUACACUACUAUUGAUCUCUCCUAAAGGAUAGAAUUAUAAAAUUUGGGGCAGCUCGGAAACAAGAUUCAAUUCAAUAAUUAUGCUCCCCCACCACUUUUUACUAUUUCCCCAUGUAAUUCGGAAAAUAUCAACCGCAUGAAAAAAAAUGCUAAAAAGAAACUGUAGAAAAUUAUAUUUUGAACAAUUUGAGUUGAAAAUAGUGUAGAUAUUGAACAAAAACAAUUGCUAUAAAAUCAAUCAGGUCUUACGCU